AUGUAUUUCCCCCAGCAGCGUAGGGGUCUGGAGGAGAUGACUGGCCCAGUAUGUGGGGUUCGGUCCCCUCACACUCAGAGGGACGAUAUCCAAAACAUAAUUCAGAGGAUCAAGUCUGCUGAGCUGGCCCACCUUCUCCAUGCACACUACCCAGAGAGGGAUUCUGUUGGUUGUUGUGCUGUUGAGACCCUGGAGAGGCCAUAUCCCCACAGCCAGCAGCCACAGGCUAGCAUCAAGCAGCAGCUGGUUAAUGUACUGAAGGAACUGGAGCUGCAGAGGGCUCUGUGGGAGGACAGACAGGAGAAGGUGGCGGAACAGCGGAGGCUACAAGAGCAGCAGGAGCAGAGGCAGAAGCCCCAGGCCAAGAGGGCAGCUGUGGUGAACUGGUGGAGAACCCUUAAGGUGGAGGGGAGUAGGACCAAGGCCCAGCCGGAAGACACCCUGACCCAGCCCAGCCAGGCCCUCACUGAGACAGAGUCCAAGCUCCAACAGGCAGAGCACACCAUCACAAAGAUUAGGGAGCAGGUAUGCCACCUUGAGGCGGCUCUGAGAACUGCCCAGGAGGGUGUUGCUGAGCACAAAAACAUUCAGGACAGGGUGGGAGUUCUUCACAAAGACAAGGAGACCAACACGGUGAGAGAGGGACCUGGCUGGGCUGGGGAGGAGGCAUCAAAGGAGCGUAAGGACGUGGCUGUGGCUACAGACCCUGUGGAGGACCCAGGUAGAUCAGAGAAGGUAGCAGCCCAGCUUUUGACCUCGGAAGGUCUGCUGGUGACCCUCAGGAGGAUGGAGGCCAUGGUCAGCAGUGCCCUGGAGGCAGCUGAGCUGGUCAGGGAGAGUCAGCGAAGGGUCAGCCAGGUCAAGGAGAGAAUGGAGAGCAUCACUCAGAAGAUGGAGGAAGCUCUGACCAGAGCAGUGGACACAGAGGGUCAGCUCAGUGCCCUGGAGGCCAGGGUCACAGCCAAACCUCAGUUGCCAGGUCCUAUAGGGCAAACAGCCCAGCCUGAUGUUGAAGCUGUAGGCAGAGACAGACCCAGGAACCCCUCUCCACCAGAGCCUGUGAGCGACAGCUACAGCAAGUCUCGAUGGCCCCUUAUAAGCGCUAGAGGGAAGACCAGCUCUGUUUGGUUCACACGAAAGGGAGCCAUGCUCAUGUGCCCUCCAUGA